UCUUCUUUGAGUGUUGGUUUCAUUUAUUAGAGCCUUAUCCUUUCUAUUUCUUUAUCCAUUCAAGAAACAUAUUAUAGUUAGAAAGAAAGCAAUUAUCAGGAUGAUUAUUAUUCGUGAUUUCCUCGAGUCUUGUCUUUUUCUUUAUUCCUUGUUUGAUUCUCGAGAUCUCUGAAUAAAAUAUUUUUUUCAGAUUUAGUUUCUACAUGCAGCAUGUGAUCUAGACAAUUUACUUUUAAAAGCUAUGAAGCACAAAGAUGGGAAACCAACACCUCAGCUAGAAAAGAUUUCGAGAGCAGUCCCCAUAUCGAUUAUGUUUUGUUUGUUCUGUGGGCUUUCGUUUUAUCUUGGGAGUAUCUUCUGUUCUGAGAAGGAUAUGUAUUUGAUAAAUAAUAUAGCUAAAGCAGCUGAGACUUGUAAGAAAGAUGUUGCUGAAUCCGUUCCUCUUCAAUUGAAGACAAUAUCCUUCUCUGAAUGUAGCAAUGAUUUUCAAGAUUACACCCCAUGUACAGAUCCAAAGAGGUGGCAUAGGUAUGGUCUGUACCGUCUAACUUUUAUGGAACGCCAUUGUCCCCCGGCCAUUGAAAGGAAGGAGUGUUUGGUUCCUCUGCCUGAUGGGUAUAAGGUACCAAUUAGGUGGCCACAGAGCAGACUGGAAUGUUGGUACAGGAAUGUUCCAUAUGAUUGGAUUAAUAAUGAAAAGUCAAAUCAGAACUGGGUUAGGAAGGAGGGGGAGAAGUUUGUAUUCCCUGGUGGUGGCACAAUGUUUCCUCAUGGAGUCAGUAAGUAUGUUAAUUUAAUGGAACGUCUGAUACCGGAAAUGAAAGAUGGAACCAUCAGAACUGCCAUCGAUACCGGGUGUGGGGUUGCUAGUUGGGGAGGUGAAUUGCUUGGUCGUGGAAUUCUAACGGUCUCUCUUGCCCCAAGAGACAAUCACGAGGCUCAAGUCCAAUUUGCUCUCGAGCGUGGAAUUCCUGCCAUACUUGGCAUUAUCUCCACACAAAGACUUCCCUUCCCCUCUAAUUCAUUUGAUAUGGCUCAUUGCUCCAGAUGUCUUAUACCCUGGACAGAAUUUGGUGGCAUCUACCUUCUUGAAAUACACCGCAUACUCCGCCCUGGAGGUUUCUGGAUCCUUUCAGGUCCACCUAUUAACUAUGAGGUGCGGUGGAGUGGCUGGAAAUCAACUUUGGAAGAGCAGAAAUCAAACUAUGAAAAACUGAACAACUUGCUAAUUUCAAUGUGCUUUAAAAUGUACAACAAAAAGAAAGAUAUUUCCAUUUGGCAGAAAUCUAAGGAAAAUGACUGCUAUAAUAAGAAGCAGCUAUUAGCUGAGUCUGAGGUGGUAUAUCCUCCUUUAUGUGAUGAGUCUAUCGAAUCUGACUCAGCAUGGUACAUUCCCCUCCGGCCUUGUGUUGUUGUACCAAACCCCAACAUUGAGGGUCUUGGAUCUAUUGAAAAGUGGCCAAAACGCUUGCACAAGGCUCCACAGCGUGUACGUGAUAUACCCGGGCGAUCUGAAACAGGGUUUAAGAAAGAUACCAAGAAGUGGAGGAAGCGAGUCAAGUAUUAUAAGAAGUUAUUUCCACCAAUUAAUGGGACUGAUAGGAUUAGAAAUGUGAUGGAUAUGAAUACUAUUUAUGGUAGUUUUGCAGCUGCUUUGGUUGAUGAUCCAGUAUGGGUUAUGAAUGUUGUCUCCUCUUAUGCUGCCAACACACUUUCUGUAGUCUAUGACCGGGGCCUCAUUGGAACUUACCAUGACUGGUGUGAGGCAUUUUCAACAUAUCCUCGAACAUACGACCUCUUACACUUUGAUGGCCUUUUUACUGCUGAAAGUCACAGGUGUGAAAUUAAGUUUGUGCUCCUGGAGAUGGAUCGAAUUUUACGUCCAGAUGGAACCGCAAUAAUCCGGGAAUCAGAUUACUUUGUGGAUGUUGUUGCUACCAUUGCUAAGGGAAUGCGAUGGGAAUGCCGCAAAGAAGUCACCAAAGAUGGCAUAAACUAUGAGAAAAUUUUGAUUUGCCAAAAGAAGCUAAAGGAUUCAUUCCAUAGGAAUUCAACAAGAUGAAUUAGUUUUGCCAUGAAGAAACAUAAUAUGAAAGUUACCCACAUCAAUAUAAGAGAGUUACAUUGUUCUGCAGUUAGUUAACAACUUCUAUUCUGAUUUA